AAAAAAUAUUUUGCAUAUUUGACAUUAUUGUCUUCGUCGACGUAGAUUGGAAUCACGAAUUUCUUGAAUUUAACAAAAAAAAACAAAGAUGGAACAAUUUAAAAGGUGGAUUUUGACUUUAAUAUUAUUGUUCAAUAUUUUGAACAAUGUUUCAGCAAGUGAUAAUUGUCCAUCACCGUUAAAAAUAGAUCGAGAAUGUGCUUCAAAUUUUCUUUAUUUCGGCAAACGAGAUGCAAUAUUGGCAUUUGAUGAAGAAUUAUAUGCUCAAAAUUGUGAUGCCUAUGAAGAUGGAAUGAUUUGUUUGAAUGAUUUUAUUGAUAAUUGCCUACAUGAUACAGCAAGAAUGGCCGCGGAUGCAUUAUAUGGUACAGUUACAAAACAAUUCAAUAGAAGAUGUUCGAAUGAAACAAUUCGAAAAAAAUUUAUUGAACAUUCACAAUGUUUGCGCGAUCGUAGUAAAAUGGAAAAAUUUCAUCAAUGUGGUGAUUAUUAUUUUCAACGAAUACAUCAAAUACAAAACAUUCCCGAACGUGAUUAUCAUAUAUCUGCUGCUUGUUGUUCAAUGGCUUAUUUUCAUUCCUGUAUAGAUGAAAAUAAUCGUCAACUAUGUAAUGAUCAUGAAAAUGAUGGCAAAUUUUGGUCAAAAACAUUUGAUGAAAUGUCUGGUGAUGUUAGCCUUUUUUGCUAUAGUUUUGAAACAAAAGAGAAUUGUAUGAAAAAUUUCCCAAAAGAUAUUUGGGACAAAUUUCUUGAUGAACCAAUCUAUGCAUUAGAUCAACAAACAUUACGACGACGAUGGAAAUUUGUUUCAUUGAUUAUGUCAAAUAUCGAUGUAGCUACUAAAUUUAAAUUAUAGUCAUUAA